UUCACUCUUUCAUGUCGCCAUCGCUCCGAAUCAAAACACGUUGUCGUGUUUUCGCUGCGAGGUUUUUGUGAAUUUUCCACCGGAAAGUUCCGUUUAUUUAUCGCAGUUCCCCCGGAAAUUAACUCACCAUGACGGCCCGUUCCAAGUCCCGGCGGGACAAAAACAACCGCAUCCGGCGCGCCAAGAACAAGGUCAAGGAGCUGAAGAAGCUGAAAAAAACGCUCGGCAUGAUCGACGAGGACGGAAUGGAUAUCAUGGAAAAGGUCAAGGAGAUUACCGAACAGCAGAAGAAGAAGGAGGAAGAGGAGAAGAUCAAAGCGGAAGUCCGGGAGGACAUCGUCAAGGAAGAAACCAAGGACACCGUUGACCACAACGAGUACAUCGACAUUGUGCACCCGGAGUCCAAGGUGAAGCACCGGUACAACACCCGAACCAAGCAGGACCAGUUUGGGCAGUAUCCGGUGUGGUACAACGCCCGGAAGGAGAAGCGAAAGCAGCUGCUGCGCGACGGCAAGAUCAAGAAGAAGCGCGGUCGGCCCGGCCGGAAGAUGCACUUUAUCGAUGAGACCUGCAACUGGAGGAACAUCGUUUGAAGUUGGUUGAUCUUUUUUGUCGCGCUAAUCUAAGUUGUAUCUGUAAGCCGGAGGGAAAAAUUCUGUAUAAAUAAACAAAGCUAAACUUUCAAAAAA